GUCACGUGACCACCUAUAGAUCUACAAUGGCUCCUUCUGGGCAGUGACAGCUCCGUGUUCUACCCAUGAGCCGGUGUAUACUGAUCAGUCUAUAUAGAUCACUGAUCCCUGCGGCUCAACAGCUGUUGCAAAACUAAACUACAACCCCCAUCAUACCCUGUCAGCUGAGGGAAUUGGCCAAUCGCAAUUUGUCGGUCUUCAGCUGCUGUAAAACUGCAACUCCCAUCAUGCCCCGGGUGUUGGGAAUGAUUGAAAUUGUAUUGUAACAGUUAUUUCCAUGGAGUUCUUUGGAAAGUUAAUGAAUACUGUGAGUGCCGUGGGCAACCUGUUUACCAAUCCUUAUCGAGUGCGGGAGGUGCCACUUUCGGACUAUGUUGGCUGCCAACGGAUUAAAGAAGAUGGUCGGGUCUUACUUUACAAGAGCAAGACGGCAAAAUUAUGGGAAUGUCUCUUAGUAAGCCCACUCACUCCACAAAAUGCCUUCCGUCUAUUUCAGUUGGAUUCGGAGACAGAAGCCUUAAAUCAAUACCAAGAAUAUGCAACCAAACUGCGUCCGUUCUACGAGAGCUGCAGGCAGGGCCUCCGCAUGGACACUAUUCAGACGCUUACCGACUGUCUGCGCUCGCACCCCAACUGGUCUUUGGCACACGUGGCAGUAGAGAUGGGCAUGCGGGAGUGUUUUAAGCACAAUGGCAUCCUAAGAAGUGUGAAUAGUACAGAAUGUGACGGGGGCUGCACCCCUCUGCACUUGGCCUGCAAGAAGGGGGAUAUUGAGUGCAUCCAGGAGCUGGUGGAGGAGUGCCAGGCUAAGGAGGACAUCGCUGACUUCAGCGGGGAGACCGUGUACCACUAUGCUGCCCGUCAGAACAACCCUCGUGUGAUUGAGAUCCUGUGUUCUGUACCGUCCAUUGGUAUAAACCACCUUAGUAACGCUGGAGAGACUCCGUUGCAUGUGGCUUGCCGCUUGGGCAAAACUGAGUCCGUUCUGGCCUUUUUGCGCAGCCAUGCACGAUGUGAUAUCCUUGGAAAGGAUGGAUACCCCAUUCACACAGCCAUGAAAUAUUCAAUGAAAGGGUGUGCUGAAGCAAUACUGGAUGUUUCCGCUAACCAGGUCAAUGUUGAAGAUCCUAAAUAUCAGGCAACCCCUCUGCAUUGGGCAAAGACGGCUGAGAUGGCCACGCUGAUGCUUGAUCGUGGUAGUAAAGUGAAUUCUCUAAGUAGAACAGCAGAGACCCCUUUACACAUCAUGGUCAAGAAGGAUCGAUUUGACUGUGUCAUGGUGCUCCUGACCCAUGGAGCAAACCCCAAUGCAAAAGGUGAACAUGGCAAUUCAGCCCUGCACCUUGCUAUGAAGAAAGAUCAUCUGGAGCUUAUCAAAGCCCUUAUGGUUUUUGGGGCAGAUGUGGAGCAGGCAAAUGAUUUUGGUGAAACACCAGGACUCCUUGCGGCCAGGUCAAGCAAAGGAUCCAAUCGCAAGGUUCUACUCGACAUGCUUUAUAACGUAGGAGCAGAGCGCUGUUUUCCCCCAGACACCCAGUUUCUACCAGCUGCAUCCUCCCCCACUACAGCGCCCCCAGUGGACAGAACUAGCAGCAUAGGUUUCCAGGAUUUGCUGUAUGUUUCCACUGCAUUAUCCGGUAUGAUAGGGCCUCUAGACUGCGUGGACUAUACUGGAGAUGGCCUAAGAACACGGGAUCGUCUUCUGUGCUUGGAUGGAGGGGGGAUCCGUGGACUGGUUCUUAUUCAGCUGCUUAUCGCCAUAGAGAAAAUAGCAGGCCGACCCAUAAGGGAGCUCUUCGAUUGGGUUUCUGGCACCAGUACUGGUGGGAUCCUGGCGUUAGCCAUCGUACAUGGAAAGUCCAUGGACUACCUCCGCUGCCUGUACUUCCGCAUGAAGAAUGAGGUUUUUCGCGGUUCGCGUCCGUACGAGUGCGGCCCUCUGGAGGAGUUUUUGAAAAGGGAAUUUGGAGAGGAAACAAAGAUGACUGAUGUGAAGCACCCCAAGGUGAUGGUGACUUGUACAAUGUCGGACAGGCACCCUGCAGAACUGCAUCUUUUCCGAAACUAUGAGCCACCGAAUACUGGCCGACAACCAAUAUUCAAGAGGCUUGCUUCAUUCCGUCCAGUGACAGGACCAGAAGAGCAGUUGAUGUGGCGUGCUGCCCGCUCCAGUGGUGCCGCCCCCACCUACUUCCGCCCUAUGGGCCGUUUCCUGGAUGGUGGGCUGCUAUCCAAUAAUCCCACUUUAGAUGCCAUGACUGAAAUACAUGAAUACAACACCUGCAUGAAGAGCCAGGGUAAAGGAGAGCAGGUAAAGAAACUAGGAGUGGUGGUGUCACUAGGCACCGGGAAGCCUCCGCAAGUUCAAGUGAACUCUGUGGAUGUGUUCCGGCCGUCUAACCCCUGGGAGAUGAUGAAGACCGUGGUUGGUGCAAGAGAACUGGGCAAGAUGGUCAUAGACUGCUGCACAGAAUCUGAUGGCCCUGCUGUAUUUAGGGCUCAAGCAUGGUGUGAAAUGAUAGACGUCCCAUAUUUCAGGUUGAGCCCACAACUCCAGAUGGACGUCAUGCUGGAUGAAGUCAGUGAUGCCGUGUUGGUGAACAUGCUGUGGGACACCCAGAUCUACAUCUACCAGCAGAGGGAGGAGCUGCAUAGACUGGCAAAAAUUUUACUGGCGCCCUGAGGACUGCAUUAUAGUAUCAUCAAUGAAAAGGAGAUGACAAAGAAUAUAAUUUGCAGUGAGACAACUGAGAACUUGUAAGGACCGACGAAAGACAUGGAAGAAACCUCACGACUCGAACUGUUUAUGUCUAACAUUAUGGCUUAUGGUUGAGAUUCCAUAAUGUUAUUUACUAUGUAUUCACCUGCAACUUAUUUUAUCAUUUCCUUUAUAAAAUCUAAGAGUCUUAUAUGGCGAUCCACUACAGUUCAUCUACCAGUGGGAACGGGCCUAAAGUAUGGACAUGACUGAGGUCUCCAUCCUACAGGUGACUGGGUACAUUUGCUGCUGCACUUCCUAGUUGGUGACAUUUGGGCUUUAUAGCCUUUUGUUCCUAUGUCUGUCUUAUUUUUUUUAUAGAUCUUAAGAGAAAUGGACUGUUUUUGCUUGGUUUUUGGAAAGUUUCAGAUACAUUUUAUGGGUAUUUACGCUUGUCAUAUAGCACAAACAGAGGCUAGUAAUAGGACAUACAUUAGUGUCUCAUCGGUGGCAGUUUGACCUUUUAGACCCCCACCAGUGAUGAAACUGAUGAACUGGUGCCAUGAUAUAUUUGGCAGGCUUCUUGUGAUCCAUUCUUUAAUGGAUUCCAAUGACAUGGAUGAAUGACUUGAACUGCACAAAGAACAAGGGAAAUACGAUGAACAAGAAAUAACAAUAGUGUUAACAGAACUGAAGAUGCAAUGAUCCCUUUCUAAACCUCCCUUGCUCCCCCGCAGCCUCCAUUAUCAAUGAGCCUGGUCUUCACUGCUCUGCACUUCCAGGUGCGGUGGUCAAUACGUCCUAUUACUUCACAGCCAAUCACUGGCCGCAGCGGUUUCUCCCCUCAGCCAGUGAUUGGCUGUGCUGCAAUGGAAUGUAUUGACCACAGCACCAGGAAGUGAAGUGCGAUGGAGACCGCAAUAACAGAGGCUGCAGGGAAGCCAGGUAGGUAAGUACAGAGUUGUUUUUUGUUUGUUUUUUUGGCAAAAAAAUUUGCCUUAGCUAAGAAAAAAACUUUUGCCGCACAACCUCUUUAACUUUAGGGUGAACACACGUAAUCUGGCAGCUUCAUGUGACCGAAAUACAGCACCCAAUGACAUGCACAAAUUUGUUAGUAAACUUGUGCGGUGAUUGGCUGCUGCAUUUCGGCCGCAUCCAGCCACCAGAUGGUUUGUUUUUUCCCCCUUAGUAAUCGUUUUACAGAGAGAACAUUCAGAUGAGGCCCAUUCAGUUUGCUAUAGUGAAGAGAUGUUUUAUUCUGUUUUACAGCCACAGGUUUUUUUCUUGAAAAGAAGUCUGACACGUAUUAAAGGGGUUCUCCACUGCCUUGCCUUCCGGAGCUCCACUCGCAGCGUCCGGAAGUUUAUUACUCCAAACGCUGUGUGCGGGCUUCCGCGUUCGAGGCCGCCCCCUCGUGACGUCACGCCCGCCCCCUCUACGAAAGUCUAUGGGAAGGGGGCGCGACCGUUGUCAAGCCCGCACACAGCCUUCGGAGUAAUAAACUUCCGGACGCUGCGAGCGGACCUCCGGAAGGCAGGGCAGUGGAGAACCCCUUUAAAGAGGUUAUCUAAAAAUAGAAAAACAGAGCUAAUUUCUACCAAAAAACAGCACCACACCUGUCCUCAGGUUGUGUGUCGUAAUACAGCUUAAAGGGGGAGAUUUAUCAAAACCUGUCCAGAGGAAAAGUUGCGGAGUUGCCCAUAGCAACCAAUCAGAUCGCUUCUUUCAUUUUUCACAGGCCUUUUCAGAAAUGAAAGAAGCUAUCUGAUUGGUUGCUAUUGGCGACUUAGUAACUUUUCUUCUGGGCAGGUUUUGAUAAAUCUCUCCCAAAGAGUCUAGUAUCAAAAAAAUAUCCGCAGGAUCAGGGGAUUAGUGUCAGAAGCAGUGUGUCGACCGGGCACAAAGCUGUGGCUGUCAUGCCCCCUCCAUGCAUCUCUAUGGGUGAGACGAAGAUACAGCACUUGGGUAUCUCCGGCUCUACCAUAGAGAUGCAUAGAGGGGGGUGUCGGACACAGCUUCGUAUGGUGGUCACCACACUGUAUUCAUGCAGAGAGCAAGGGCGCCGGGUGGCAGAUUGAGAGGGGUACCAGGGUUCGUUCGGACCCCUCGCAAGCUGACACUUAUCCCCUACCCUUUGGAUAGAAGAUACGUUUUAUUGCACUGGAGUACUCCUUUAAGGGACUUGUGACUAUGACGUUCUGUUUCUUUCUUUUCACACCUGUUCACAUUCAUAAGUUUCUUGAUAAUCGUAUAACUCCUGUAUCUCUAUUCACUUCAAUAUAACUGAACUGCAAUUCCCCACAUAACCUGAGGACACAUGGGGUGCUGUUUUUUUUUUUUUUUUUUAUAAGCAUGGAGUCUGUAAAGAAGUGUUUUCCAACCAGGGUG